AUGGUUCAACAAAAAUUAAAAGUAAUAGAUGAAAAUGAUUUAAAAAAUUUAAAAAAUGAAUCAAAAUGUUGUAUUAUAAUAAAUGAUUUAGUUUAUGAUGUUAGUUCAUUUUACGAGCAUCCUGGUGGCUUUGAUCUUUUUAAAGAGUAUGAAGGGAUUGAUGCAACAUCAUCUUUUAAUGAAAUUGGUCAUUCUACAAAUGCAAAAAAAUUGAUGAAAAGUUAUUUAAUUGGUGUGAAAAAAGAUACAGAAACAUAUAAAAAAAAAGAAGAAACAAAAAUUGUUGAAGAUAAAACAGAGUAUAUUAAUGUUUCUGAAGAAGAAAUAGAGGAAGAAGAAGAUGUAAAAAUAAAUAAACCUACAAAUGUUCCUGAAGAAAAAUCCAAUUAUGCUGUUGUUGCUUUAAUAAUUGUAUUGUUUAGUAUUUUCUAUUAUUUUAUGUUUAUUAAAAAAUAA